CUAUCCGAACCUUUCUAAACGACCCUCUUUCCCCGCCGUGACCCUACAACCUCUUCUCCUCCUCCUCCGCGGGGACGAAAAGAGAGCCACAUGGGCGCGACCGCACCGUCCUUUCUUCGCUUCAUAUCCCUACGGUGAUGACCUAUACCUUAACGGCACGAGCGGCUUGCGGCCCAGGUGAAGGCAUCCGACGCUAAAUAUGCUAGCGACCUCGCCGUCCCCAAGCAUCUCUGCGCGACAUUUCGAGUCCGCAACCUCACACUACUCUCAGCAACGGCCUCAGUAUGAUCAUUCGCCGAAGCCUGCCAGUCAAUCUCGCGACAGCCCGGCUCGCAGGUCCAAUCUUUCCCCAGACAUACCAUACAAGCCUCCCCGCAACCCCAGCUCAAGAUCUCUCGACAGUUACAAACCUUCUUCAUCAUCAGCUCCGCCAAAACCCAAGAUGGUAGACGCCGCGACCCAAUACUCACCACCAAAUCAGAAGGUGCCCUCGCCGCCCAGCUCCACGCCUAGCUCGAACAUACCCACGUCCACAAUAGCAGGACUUAAUCUGUCAGAGCACAAAGACGUGCAAUCAAAUGCCAAAGCAGCAAAUGAAGAGCUCAAAUCCAGAGCCGCAGCGCUUGACAGGGUGGCGCAGCAAAGCCCAAACAUAGCUCGCUCGACCGAUCUGGCUCGACCUUCAAGGACGGAGGGCACACGCGUCCAGUCGACGCAAGCGAAGAGAAGCGCCGAUGAGCCCGCAGCAAUAACACCUCCUCACGAGGCUGAGGAUGGAACAGAAUUGCCGCCGCAAGCCCUUCAAUCACCAGUGAAGAAGGCUCGCCCGGACACACCGCCCGUCCGCUUGAUGCCGAUCCUCUAUCAGGACUGCAACACGCGCGACCUCGUCGUAUUGAUCUCAUCCAUGCUCAUGGAACUUAUUAGAUAUAACGAUGCGAUUCCGCUUCGAGAAGGUCAACUCACCAGAUUCCACUCCCGCGCUCCACCGGGCAUAUCGGUCCUCGACUACCUCCAACGAUUGACCACCCACGCCACACUAUCUCCACCCAUAUUACUGAGCGUGGUGUACUACAUUGAUCGCCUAUGCGCCCUCUACCCUGCUUUUACCAUCAGCAGCCUGACGGUACAUCGAUUCUUGAUCACGAGUGCCACAGUAGCGAGCAAAGGCCUGAGCGAUUCUUUUUGGACGAACAAGACCUACGCCCGGGUCGGUGGUGUCAGCAUGAAGGAAUUGGCGUUGCUGGAGUUGGAAUUUCUACAAAGGAUGGACUGGCGGAUAGUGCCCAAACCAGAAGUUCUGGUGGACUAUUACAAAUCUCUGAUAGAGAGGAAUGAUCAGUAUCAGCUGGAGGAGGAAUGAUCUAGACUCGGGGUUUUGAGUCGCAUACGGAAGAUCACAAGGUCUAAAAUCCUGGAUAUCCCGGAAACGGCAGAGGUGGUCGUGAAAUUCAAAGCCAACUCAAUGUUGGGACAUUAUUGCACGCACACCUCCCCCGGUAGGGUCGCCGUGACUCUGAAAUAGCGGUCACGGCCCCUGAACGUGCUUUCCAAGGCUAAAAUGGAUUUCUGAGAGGACCGCAGGGGUCUCGAGCGAAAUAUCGUACAAGUCAUGAGCCAGCCAGACUCGUGAUUGUUUUUUUAGAUGU